GCCACAACCCAGAGUGGUACAUUUUUCUGACUUUGCGAGCUCGCGUGCUUCGAAUCUAAACAUGAUCCUCUUUCAAAGGCACUACACUCGUCGCAAACCCCUUUCAUGAGCCAAACCAUUCAUUGUACAGAAAGGCCACAGGUCGUGUGAGCUAGUCACGAAGGUUGUUCUUUCAGACGCCGUCGAGGAGGGAAUCUGUAGAUAUUGCAGGUGCUGUGUGCAGUCUGGGUAUUUGGGUUUCUGGGAUUGUGUAUGUUUUUGGGUCCGAGUUUUUCUCUACUUUUUGGGGUCUUGAUGCAAUAGAUAGAUGGUUGGACGCGUGUGAGCUCUCGAGGCAAAAUGCAAGCAUGGAAGGCUUUGAGUGAUGGUAUAUUGGGGAGGAGUAGUCGUGGCCUCGGGCUGCUGAGCGAAUUGCGUCGUAGCUAUGGCUACAGCGCAGUCGGAUCACAUGAAUCCAGGCGUGCUCGAUGGUACGAAGGCAAAGGGGAAUGCGAUGGUCUUUCGAAUCAUGAGCUUCAUGCUGUUCACGUCUUCCAGUGCUCUGACCAGCUUGGGAUUGUAGCUAAGAUCUCAAAGUGUAUUGCAUCGCGGGGCGCAAAUAUUCUCAAUGUAGAUCUCCAUAUUGACUUUGAUGGCGGAAAGCAGCCCCCAGUUUUCUAUGCACGAAGUGAGUUUACAUUCGAUCCGUUGCAGUGGCCUCGCUCUCUCAUGGACAAGGACUUCGAUGAAUUGUCUCACCAUUUCAAGGCUGAGAAAUCGAUAGUGCGAGUGAUGGGUAGCGAUCCGGAUUUGAAGUUGGCCGUCCUCGCGUCGUGGCAGGAUCAUUGCUUGAUUGAUUUGUUGCACCGAUGGCAAGAGGGAGAGCUUCCAGUUGAUAUAUGUUGUGUUAUCAGUAACCACAACCGUGGGCCGAACACUCAUGUCUUACGAUUUUUGGAGAGGCAUGGAAUACCUUAUCACUACCUUCCUACAAGUAGAGGAAACAAGCGCGAAGCGGAGAUUCUUGAAUUGGUCUCGGGCACCGACUUCCUGGUCCUUGCUCGCUACAUGCAGGUGUUGUCAUCGACAUUUCUCCACAAUUAUAGGAAGGAUAUCAUCAACAUCCAUCAUGGACUCUUACCCUCAUUCAAAGGAGCAAAUCCAUACAGACAGGCUUAUGAAGCUGGUGUGAAAUUAAUAGGCGCGACCAGCCAUUUCGUGACUGAGGAACUUGACGAUGGCCCCAUUAUCGAGCAAAUGGUGGACCGAGUUUCGCAUAGAGACAGUCUGAAUGCAUUUGCUACAAGGUCAGAGAAUCUGGAGAAGCAGUGCCUUGGUAAGGCGAUCAAAUAUUACUGCGAACAACGCAUACUACGGUAUGCCGUGAACAAGACCAUUGUCUUCGGUUAAGUUCAUCGAUUGUAGCAUAUUUAGCACUGCUCUUAUCCUACCGAUAAGCACAAGUGUGCAUACUGCGCUUCAAUUCUUCGAACCAUAAGAAUACUUUACAUUUGUUAGCAUCUUUGGAGGAAAAGCGUCACAAAGAUCUUUCAACAGGCGUUAUGUGAAUCAAUCAAAGAUUGGGCUUGUGGAAUGCUCAAAAUUGUGAAGUUGUCUUGGGUUUCACGUUACCUGGAAGCAAAUUUACCAAGGCCCAAUCUCCAAGAACCAAAAGUUUCAGAAAAUCUGCAACAUUCAUAGGUUUUAGCUGGACACAAAGUAAUUCCUUGAUGAAUAUUGUGAAGCAUUGUGAAUGAGUAAGUUAAAUUUGGGUUA